AUGGCACACCCACCUGAGACCGAGCUUAACACCUCCAGCUGCCUCUGCCCAUGCAUUAACAGCUCCUGUGACUCUUCCACCAGAGACUCUUCCCCAUAUAGCACAGUUCAGCUGAUCCUUAUCGUCAUGGUAACCAUCCCCCUCAGUGUCAUCACAGUCCUGGGAAACACGCUGGUGAUUUUCUCAAUCAAAGUCAAUCGUCACCUAAGGACCAUCAAUAACUACUUCCUGUUAAGCCUGGCAGUUGCUGACCUGAUCAUCGGUCUUGUCUCCAUGAACCUGUACACUCUGUACUUGGUCCGGGGCCACUGGCCCUUGGGAGCUGUAGUCUGCGACCUGUGGCUGGUUCUGGACUAUGUUGUCAGUAAUGCCUCAGUCAUGAACCUACUCAUCAUCAGCUUGGAUCGCUACCUCUGUAUGACCCGCCCACUCAGCUACCCGGCUUGGCGGACGGGCAGAAUGGCCGGCCUGAUGAUUGCUGCUGCCUGGCUGCUUUCCUUCAUCCUCUGGGCUCCAGCCAUUCUCUGCUGGCAGACCAUCACUGGCAAACGCAUUGUCCCCGAUGGUGAGUGUUAUAUCCAGCUGCUUGCCAGCCCUGCCAUCACCCUAGGGACCACACUUCCCUCCUUUUACCUGCCAGCGCUCAUCAUGAUCGUCCUGUACAGCCGCGUGUACGCCGCCAGCCGGAGUCGAUUGAGCUCGCUCCAGACAGAACAAGGGACAGUGAGGAUGUCCAGUCCUUCCAUCAAAGACUUCUUCAUGAAAAGUAGAAGCUGGUUUCCCAGUGACCCAGACACAAAAACAGGCUCAGACACUCUGAACCAGUCAGAGUCCAGCAGUGCGCCGAAGCCCAGAAGGAACCGGAAAGUGUCCAGAACCCCUGGAGUCUCCUCUGAGCCUGCAGCUGGUGAGGCUAACUGCAUAACAGCUUCAGCAACCUACUCCACCUUCUCCAGCUCUACAAAGUACCAGGAAAGAAGGAGGCGUCGAAUAACGGCGAGGGAGAGGAAGGUCACCAGGACUAUUCUGGCCAUACUCCUGGCAUUCAUCCUUACCUGGACGCCAUACAACAUCAUGGCUAUCAUCGGCACCUUCUGUCACGUCUGUAUUCCUGACACCCUGUGGACCACAGGCUACUGGCUCUGCUACAUCAACAGCACCAUCAACCCAGGCUGCUACGCUCUAUGUAAUGUCACCUUCAGAAAAACCUUCUGCAGCCUUCUUCAAUGCCACAGUAGAAAGCUACGGUGA